GAUGUUGCGGACUAUCGACCCGGUCUUCGCUUCAGUUCGACGCCUGCGCCUGCUUCGGAUAUCCCUCCCACCGCCUCCGCAGGCCGUCUUGCCGGCGAUGCGGCGCUCUACGCAACGUCGGUGCGGCGACAGUGGGACCAGCAGUGCCUCUCACGGUUUCGUUCUCGCUCUGCCCUCCGUCUCAUCGUAACGACUAUUCAGGGAGCAAUUCGGAGCCCGAGCCUGAGCCCGAGCGCCGCUUACGAACACUGCCUUGAAGGCUGAAAGAAGAUAAAGGUGGUGCUGGUGAAGUGGUGAGAAGUGGAUGAGGAGAAGAGGAGCUGCGUAUAGUAGUGUGUAUUCUGUGUAAUCGACAUCGAAGAGUCGCAUAUUGUCCUUCUUGGUAGAACGUCCCUAAUCUGUUAACGACACGGCGCGCGUGUUCGCCGCCGAGAAACAGCCCAACUUUGUGCAUCGCUUGCUAACGUAGCAGCUGUGUGUUACUGUCCCACUGCCCCACACACCGCGGCCUCAUGAUUGGUUCAUUCUGGAACCUCUGCCGUGCGUGCCCUUCAAUGCCGAUUGAUAAGCAGCUUCAUUCGGAAUACAGGAGCACGUACACAUGGCACGAGUAUACAGGACCGCAUCAGGAGCACGCGGUUGUGCGACGCGCGCCACAACCGCCAUUAUCGACGAAGCAACCGAGCGCGAAGCUGCAAUCGGCCAAGUCAACCGAGGAUGAAAACAGCGAAGGACCCACCCUGGAACCACCGUUACCCAGACGCAAGAAAUGCCCAGAACUCGCUUACAAAACACACGAGUUUAUCACAGCAGCGGAUGGUGGUGGUAUCGAUGCCAUCGACUCGAACGUCGUAGCUGAUAAGGAAGUCACGUCGACACUGCCACCAAGCCAGCUGAGCAAAGCGAUAUCUCGUAUAAGCACCGAAUACAGGCUGCAAUUUGCCUGGCCUAGAAAACCUCAAUUAAUGAAUGGCGAAGCUCAGGUACCGGUUUCAGCAGCGGGCGUUUCCGCGGGCACUACGUGUCCUCCAAGAAAGUCGCUCAGCAUGGGGGCCCUUAAGCAAGGCAUGACGAUUACUGGACCGGCGCCGGUACAUAAAAAGCGACCAGGCGACUUUGAUCAUAAACGCGAUGGAAUUCAGGCGUCAGAACUGGAACCACUAGUAGGCAGUGGAAUGGAUACAAUCGACGGCGUAGUACCAGAGGGCGAUGAGCGUGAGGAGGAUCUACCAGACUUGAAAAUAACUUUCAGGAAUAAAAAGUCAAAUAAAGUCGUACGGAUAAAGGACAAUAAGGUGCCGGGCAAAUCGCAAGCGAAACCGUUUCCUAUGGCGGAAGUAAUCGAGCUUCGCCGUCUCGCUGACGAGUACAAGCAUCGUGACUGGGGUUGCGGUCUGACGGCCGAAGAUGAGGCUUCAUUGUGGAAACAAGUGUCCAAUAAUCAUGCGCUCAACGCCCUAUCCCUUGCCAGGUCAGUUACCAAAGAGGAGAAGGAGAAGGAGAACAGGAAGGUUGCACCAAUUGCCAAUAUGAUCGCCACAAUGCCACCGGCGGGGCGACCCUCUUCGGUGCAAGCUAGACCGGUACAUGGUAUAUUGCAGGACGAUACUAAAGCGGAUAAUGAUCGAGCCAUUGCUCGCGCAAGAAAGGAUUUCUUGAUCCGCCAUCAUCUUGAUCGUACUACGGGUGUGGGUGACGGUGCACUUCUUCCCUCUCCGACACGAGAGAAGUUGGAGCCUGUGAUCCCACGUCGACGCGACGAUAUCAAGGAGCAUCGAGACGAGAUUCAGCCGCGAACUAAAUCUAGUCCGAAGAACAGUCCGAAAACCGGACGCUCGCAGAGUCUUGGACCGACUGUCACCGAUCGUAGAUCACCUAAACGUCAACCUACGCGUGCACCGUCCGUUACUAAGGACGCCAAGGAGAAGGAGAAAGAGACGAAGGAUAAGGAGCAGAGAGAGAAAAGCAACGAACGCGAAAGGCAUCCACGACCAACCUUCCUCGCGACCACCGCCCUUCCCCAUCGCCCUCUUCAUCAUGCCAAACCCACAACCACCAUCAUCACCAACACCACCACUACUGUCACUACUACCGCUAACAGUACUAGCGCAAGUAUCGCCCCGGUAAAACGUUCCCCGGUAAAGCAUUCGGUUCAUACGACCGUCCAUCACCCACCUACGUCGAGUGCUGCCGCUGCGGCCAGGCCGGAGCGCGGCGUUAAAGAUUUAAGCCAAAGGUGCCGGAGUGCGAAUGACGAGGUUCAGGCAAAAUUGGCCCGCGGGCAUCCAGCAGCUGCGGCUGCAGCCGCAGCCAGUAAUGAUCCAUCAUCCAAAUCAUCCCUCGAUACGCGAUCCGCAUCAAAUCAAGCCGCUACCGCCGUCGUCCGAGCUAUGACCGCGGAACCCCAGGUAAAUGGGGAUGUCAUCGGUGGAGACUCGAGUAUCGCCUCGACGCCACCAUCACAAACCCACGCAACGACGACGAUGUCCGCUACGCAAGCAAGUCCGUGGUUGGACGACGAGCCAGUAGUGAAAAGUCCGCCAGAACCAACAAGAGUGAAAUCGCCAGAACAGAUGAUUAUGCGCUCGCCAGAACCCGUAAACUGGACUGUACCUCUCGAUACCGGCAAGACUUUCACCGUUACACAAAACGUUCGAGAAGAACCCCUCAUGCGUCCGCAUAGCGAGGCAAAGACGUGGGCACCAUCAUCCGUACCAUCAGCACCGCAAUCGGCACCACCGGAGCUCGCAGCACAACACAAAUCACAACAUUCCCAGCACUCCGGUUAUAAGUCGCCUGAGAGCGAAAGUGUCUCGCUCGGUAGUUUUAGCGGCAUAAACGGCCACAAGGAUCUGGACUCAGAAAGGGACAGUCCAUUGCCCACGAACAUACAGGAUACAUUAACGAAGACUGAGAAGAUCACCGAUAUUGUGGAGGAGACGAAAGAGCGACAGAGUCCAGAAUCACUGGUGAAACCCGCAGCAGGUACAAGAUGUCUGGAAGAUCCAGCUUCCGAAAUGGAGAAGAAAAAGGACAACGUACCGACAACAAUUACGAAGAUGUUGGUGACGACAUCGUCAUCUACGUCGCAUGCACCACAACAGAGUUACCGUAUUCUUGAGGCUGAGUCGUCGCCCCAAGAUACUGGCGGUACCACGAGCACCGGAAGUAGCACCAUGAGCGGCUACCAUGUUUUAGAGGCACCAGCAGUAGGGCCAGAUUCGACACAACGCUCGGCGGCAAGUGACGUUCUUGAGAAAGCACGCAAUCGCUUUGACAAGUUCUGGGGAAAAGGUAACAACGGCACGGAGAAUUAGAGUCCGUCGCAUCCUUCGAAAUUACAGGACAGAAAGAUAAGAGAAAAAAUAGUUCAACGAGAAUUCCACAUUUUUCGUCGCGGAAAGACGAGCGAUGGCCCUCCCGGGAAAGGGACAAGAUCACUUCACCUCUCUAGCAAUCAGUCUGUCCACGUACUUUCAUAGCUGCAGCAAAGAGGUGAAGAAAUGGGCCGAGAUGAUGUCCCCGUAAGAGCUUUUCUUAUUGAUAAUCGAUGAUGAUUCAAGAUCUUCACGACCGAAAUCUCUAAAUUUCUUCAUUAGCCUAAUACCAACAUUCUGACAUUCGAGAGUUGCUGAAGAGUCAUGCGCCUAUACCGAAUAUAAAUUAAUAUUAUAAAUAAAAUAACUCAAAGAGUGCGAUCAUCAAUAAAAAUAUAAUCAUUAAAGAUAAAAAGAUAAGGAACACAACUAUAAAGUCUAAUCAACAAUACUUAAAGAUUCCUGAAAGGUUAUGAUCGAUAAUUUUGAUUUACGCUUACAAUUUGAUUUAUUUAUUGCGAGAACAACUAAAAUACAAAUACUAGAUGAAAUAAUCAAGAUGAUACGGCAUAUUCCUCUCCAAAUAGCAAACUGAAGUCAUUCCCUUAUAAAAAUUUAUCACUCGUAACGCCAAUUUAUCUCUUAUUUUGAGUAC